AUGGAUAAUGGCAAAAACUGGACAGUAUUCGAAGGAGAUGAAGAAGAUUCUGCCACUCUGCCAGAAAUUGGUUUGGAUGACUUACAGCCAACUAUUUCUUGCAUCAAACAGGGGAGAGGCACAUGCGCGUUUCGAAGCACUCAACUAAACGAUUCCCGAUGUGCUUCCAAUGUAGAAAGUAGCUCGGGGUUCACUCAAACUUCACAUUGGAACCCCACGUUCAGCUUGAGGGGGCAUGUUAGACAUGUUUCUGUUGGAAUUGAUGGAGCGCUUUCUGGCUCAGCUGCAGCCUCAUUAUCAGAAGGUUCGUAA